UACCAUCUAGUAACUAUAAGCAAUACUGCGAUCUGAUCGGCUGCUACGCAACGCUACGGUUACGGUCGUUAAGUGCGUUUCGUUACGUUCUUGGUCAACCGUAGUCGAGAUGUCGGCGACGAUGACAGCCAAGCUUCAGGACGAUAUGAACAGCAUACCUCUGGCGGACGACGAUCCUCAGGUGAUAAUACCAGAAGAGGAAAUCUUAGACAAUGCCUCGCAUAUAUCCGAUCCACUUGGCAGAGGACGUAGCAUGGAUUCUAUUCCAUCGACAUUUACCAAUGGGAGCUGUAGUCCUAACAGCUUAGAUCCAGACAUUAGCCCAGAUGAGCAAGAAGAGAAAGCUAGAUUGAUUGCACAAGUUCUUGAACUGCAAAAUACUUUAGAUGAUCUGUCACAGAGAGUGGACAGUGUGAAGGAGGAAAAUCUCAAGUUGAGAAGUGAAAAUCAAGUACUGAGCCAAUAUAUUGAGAAUUUAAUGUCAGCUUCGAGCGUGUUUCAGUCAACAAGUCCCAACACUAAGAAGAAGUGAACACGUAUUGACUAAAUAAAUUAGAUAAUUCAUGAACAAGCUGCACUGAUCUUGAAAUAAUUGUGAUUGUCUUGGAAAGAAUGUGCAUGCGCAUUUAAUUACGAUUGCUUUACGACAAAAAACAAUAUUAGAAAUAUCCCGUAUUUCGUGCUUAAUUUGCCAGCUUGUGUACUUUCUGUGAGAAAAAAAAUGUCUCUCUUUCUGAUACUCUACUGUUUGCAGUAUAAUCAAACGUCUUUUUAAAACGUAUAAGAUUUUACAAUACGUUCUCACUGUGAUUGUGACUUGAAACACGCUUACGACAUAAUUACGACUGUAUGCACCAAAGAUAUCCAUUUUAUACUUCUACAAUUUUUAUGAAACAUAAACGCUUCGCGAAUUUCCCAAAAGGAAAUUUGUUAAGUAAAAGUUGAUUUUUUAAAAAUAUAA